GUAGGACUUUUUUUGGCUGCCACGCUCUUCUGCGUUUAAUUGCAGAUGGGCGGCAUAAUUGCAUGGACAUUAUUUACUUCUAGGCUUCUUAAUGGCCCUUAUGGUAUCUUCUUCCUUUCUCUGAACGAUUGAACGAUUGAAGAUGCCCUAGGAGAGAGGGAAAGAUCACACUUGUUCACCAUUUGUUUUUUCGUCGACUAUACUGCUUGGAGCUUUGCGGUAGUUUAGAGAUUUGGAUUCUAUACAUUAGCGUUCGAUUGAAGUGCAUCGAAACGCAAGAGAAGGAAGAAGCCAAGAGAAUGGAAGCUGAUGUUGGGAAAGGAGAUAGCUCAAAGAAAGGAAUGGCGGACAAGGGAGAGUCCUUAUUUCAUUACUCUUCGACCAUACUGGUUGCGAUCAAUGGGACUAAAAGAAGCAAGCUUGCGCUUAAAUGGGCUUUGGAUGCAUUUUUAUCUGUGGAGAGAGUUCAUUUGAAGCUAUUUUAUGUUCGUCCGCCCGUCAAAACGAUUCCAACUCCAAUGGGGGCCUUUGUUCCCAUUUCUCAAGUGCGUGAUGACAUAGUAUCCGCAUACAAAAAAGAUAUAGAAUGCCAGACACGUGCAAUGAUUUUUCCUUAUAAGGAAAUUUGCUCGCGUAGAAAGUUAGAGGUGGAAAUCGUGGUAAGGGAAGGUGAUGAUGUAGCAAAAGAAAUUGGAAAGGAGGUUGAAAAUUUUAAUAUUUCCAGGCUUGUCAUUGGAGCUUCUUCUAGAAAUAUGAUUACAAGGAAACUUAAAGGCAUCAAAAUGUCCAACAAGAUUUCUGAGAGCACUCCGAACUUCUGUACUGUUUUUGUGAUUAGAAAAGGAAAGCUUUUAGCUGUGCGCACCAGGACAGAUGAAAGAUCCAACAAUGAGAGAAUUUGUAUCAGUUCUUCAUGCAAUUCAGAAUCAGUGGAUGCAGAUGCCUUACAAAAGUCAUUAAAUCCUCCGAAUAUGCACGUUCAAAUCCCCCGCGUUGAAAUUCUUUCCACCGAAGAUAACAAAUCUGAUGACACUGGUAGCCCUUGCAGCAUCCUCCAUAGUUCUAUUUCCUCAAACAGUGAGGAUGAUAUCAGCACUGUCAGUUCAUCCACUUACGAGUUGCAGAGCAGCAAAUCCAAAAUGUCUAAUUAUAGAUAUCAUGGUGCAAAUUUCAAUUCAUCUGAGUUGGGUUGGUCCGCAAUGUCGAAUGAUUUGAGCGAAUCCUUAUUACCAGGGCAUAAGUUGAAUGAACUAAGCCAUGAUGAGGAAAGGGCCAGUCUAAAAGAGAAUAAUAGCAUCAAAAUGGAGGCCAAAAACUUUGAUUUAUUUGCGAAGAAAUGCAUCAAGGAGGCAUCAAUGGUUAAAACAACACGUAAACCUGAAGACAAACAAACUCUGGAAAGAUCUAUUUCCAGCAAUAACAAGAAGUACAAUAACUAUACUUGGGAAGAGAUAGAAUCUGCCACCUCAUCAUUUUCUGAUGCACUAAAGCUUGGAACAGGGGCAAAUGGAACAGUCUACAAGUGUAACUUCCAUCAUGAAAUCGCUGCUGUGAAAAUUCUCAACUUAAAUGAGGAAUGUGGAACCAAGCAAUUCAAGCAAGAGGUUGAAAUUCUGACUAGAAUUAGCCACCCUCACAUUCUUACGCUGCUCGGAGCUUGUCCUACGAGAGGCUGCUUAGUUUACGAGUACAUGAAGAAUGGCAGUCUUGAUGACCGCUUGAAAUGCAAGUAUAACACACCCCCACUUCCAUGGUAUCACCGUCUGAGGAUAGCUUGGGAGGUCGCUUCAGCUCUCGUUUUUCUACAUCAUUCGCAGUUAGUGCCGAUUAUUCAUCGUGAUCUCAAGCCUGCGAACAUCUUGCUUGACGAGAACUUCGUGAGUAAAAUUGGUGAUGUUGGUCUAUCCACCUUACUUCCUUCGGCAAAUUCCAUUAUCACGGCUCCUGUUGGGACUUUCUUUUACAUAGACCCCGAGUACCAGAGGACGGGCUUGGUGUCACCAAAAUCAGAUAUUUAUGCUCUGGGGGUGGUCAUUCUGCAGUUGUUAACUGCGAAACCACCAAUGGGGCUUGCCCACACUGUAGAAAUGGUGAUGGAGGAUGGCGAGCUGAUGGAGAUUUUGGAUCCUAAAGCUGGGCAAUGGCUUAAAGGGCUGGCAGAGGAAUUGGUUCUUUUGGGAUUAAGUUGCUUGGAACUAAGACCUGAGGACCGACCUGACUUGAAAGAUCAGGUUCUUCCAGUUCUGAGAAGACUUAAAGAGAUGGCGGAUGAGGUCAGCUAUUUGGGCUUUGAAAUUUGUGUCCCGGGUUCAAAGUAUUAAGGUGGAAAGAUUCUUCUGUCGGUUCCAUGGUCAUGGAUAGAAAAAUACCAAAGGAGAUCAGGAUUUGUCUUGUUCUAUUGAUUACAUAUUGAUCUGUACAAAACAAAAAUCA